GGCAUCCUCAUAUCCUUUGCAGAUAAAAAGGCUAUAAUAAAUUCACUAGGAGCGGCAUUUGCCAAGCACUGUACCACCACCAACUCCAGAGAAGCAAACGGACUGUGAUGCACUCAACAAUGGUUAUAGGCAGAAUAAAGUCCUAGGAAGCAGGUGAAGGCUGAAAUAUUUGCUCCAUCCAAGGAUGUCAAGACCCAAAGAGAGUAGCUCCUGGUUCCAAAAGAAAAGGGAAUCCCGGAAACUGGUGCUACUGGUGGUAUUUGUUGCCCUGCUGGUGGACAAUAUGCUAUUGACAGUUGUGGUGCCAAUCAUCCCUUCUUUCCUCUUUCACACUUACCAAACCCACAGCCACCCCGCUCUUCAUGCUGCUGUUCCAACAAUCCCUGGGGUCUCCUCCUCUGCCCCCUACACCCCAGUGUUCUCUUACUAUGAUAACACCACGGUGAUCAUCUCAGACUAUGCUGCUGAUGGUGCAGUAGAAAAUGCAAGCAAGACCGGAAGGAGGAAUGAAUCUCAUCUCCCUGUAACUGCUUUGCCACCAAGUAAUAGUUGCACUGAUGGAAAGGACUUUUUGUCUCACGAGAAUGUGCGAGUCGGACUGCUAUUUGCCUCCAAGGCCUUGAUGCAGAUCCUAGCCAACCCCAUUGUGGGACCCCUAACCAACAGGAUAGGAUACCAUAUUCCAAUGUUUUUCGGAUUUGUCAUCAUGUUCCUCUCCACACUCAUGUUUGCUUUCUCUAGUACCUACACCUUGCUCUUCAUGGCUCGAGCACUUCAAGGCAUUGGCUCUUCUUGUUCGUCUGUCGCAGGUCUGGGGAUGCUGGCAAGUGUGUACACCGAUGACAACGAGAGGGGAAAUGCUAUGGGCAUAGCAUUAGGGGGCCUGGCUUUGGGGGUGCUUGUUGGUGCUCCCUUUGGAAGUGUGAUGUACGAAUUUGUUGGAAAGUCAUCUCCCUUUCUGAUCUUGGCAUUCUUAGCCUUGUUGGAUGGAGCUUUACAGCUUUGCAUCCUGCAACCGUCAAAGAUUUCGGCAGAGACUACCAAAGGGACUCCUCUAUCCACCUUGCUGUGGGACCCCUACAUUCUGAUUGCAGCAGGGUCCAUCUGCUUUGCUAACAUGGGGGUCGCUAUGCUAGAAGCCACCUUGCCCAUUUGGAUGAUGCAAACCAUGUGUUCCCCAGAGUGGCAACUGGGGGUCGCUUUUCUGCCUGCCAGCGUGUCUUACCUGAUUGGCACCAACCUCUUUGGGAUCCUGGCUAACAAAAUGGGGAGGUGGCUUUGUUCACUGACUGGGAUGGUGGUAGUAGGGAUUAGUCUCUUCUGUAUCCCUCUAGCUCAAAAUAUCUAUGGACUUAUUGGACCCAACAGUGGGGUCGGUUUUGCUCUUGGCAUGGUGGAUUCCUCAAUGAUGCCUAUCAUGGGAUACUUGGUGGAUCUCCGGCACAACUCUGUCUACGGCAGCAUCUAUGCCAUUGCUGAUGUGGCCUUCUGCAUGGGCUUUGCUAUCGGUCCCUCUACAGGAGGCAUUCUUGUACAAGCCAUUGGCUUUCCUUGGCUAAUGGCCAUAAUUGCGGGGAUCAAUCUUGCCUACGCCCCUCUCUGCUGGUUCCUACGGAGCCCUCCAGCAAAAGAGGAAAAGAUGGCAAUUCUGAGCCAGGAGUGCCCCAUGCAGACCAAAAGCUACAUCGCCCAGAAGACUCUGCGGGAGUUUCCACUCACCGACAGCAGUAAUGAAGAAGCUGAGAGUGAGGAAUAGAAGGAGACUCCAUCAAAGGCCACAUUUUGGGGCCACGAAGGCUGGGCCACCACUGCUCUCCAAGGAGGCUUUCUUUGGGAGGGGGAUGUACUAAAAUGAAUGUCGGAGAAUAGCCAUUGGAAUGUACUGGCCAUUAGAAUUGUCGAUGGGCUCUAAAGAGUGGUAGAGUACCUACUGUGUGUGCAGAAAGCUCCAGGUUCAAUCCCUGGCAUCUCCAGGCCCAGCUGGGAAAGACCUUGGAGAGCUGCUGCCAGUCAGUGUAGACAAUACGGAACUAGAUGGCCCAGUGGUCUGACUCGUACAAGGUAGCUUCCUAUGUCCUGUGUUCCUAUGUAAUGAUCCUUGCUUUAAUACAUUUCAGCAGCCAUUCAGAGAGUAAGUAUAGCCAUUUGCAAGAAACCAGUGCAUUCUCGUGGUCAUUCUCUGUCAUUCGCUUUAGUUCAUAUCCUUUAGUGACCUGUGUGGAUCACUAAAACCUCUACAGUAUUGUGCUGAGAGUCAGGAGCCCUCAAUUUGUUCUAGCUUUAGCUCGUUUGCUCCUUCUGUUAUGCAAAAUCCAUUAGUAAUCUCUCCACAUUUUAGCUACAAAGAAGGAAGAUCUUGCCCAAAAACAAUUUCCUUUACUGGGCUACCCUUUGGAAUGAUAAGGCACAGUCUCAUAGAAGUGUGCUAUUUGGGGUAUGGAAAAUAUUUUUGGGCGGGUUCCAAUGACCACCGGCUGGGGAAAUUUUGGUAAAAUGUUAAGGAUGUGAGAGAGAGCAUGAACUCCUGGGGGCAUGAAGUCUGAACCAGCCCAAAUCCGGUUCCUGGGCUCUCUACCUGACAUGUUACUGAGAUUAUCUGACCAGCUUCCAGAUCCUGGGUACAGAAGUUGGUCAAACAUUGGGUGAAGACUCUCAGCAAUCGGACUUGAAGAGUCCCCUCUUCAAGUCCGAUUGCCGAGAGUCUUCACCCAACGUUUGACCAACGAGAGUCUUCACCCAACGUUUGACCAACGAGAGUCUUCACCCAACGUUUGACCAACGAGAGUCUUCACCCAACGUUUGACCAUCACAAUAGCAUGGAAUGGCUCUCAUGUCCCAAUACGUUAUCAGGAUGCUACCAGAUGACAGACUGGCCUGCAGUCAUCUAACCCAUGGUCCAAAAGCACUAGGUGGAGUACCCUUAGAAAGCGUUCUCCUACAGUUCACAGCUUUUUAUCUUUCCCAGUGUGGGAUGUUCAUUUUAAUGUCAUGGCGUCACUUUUCCCAAUAAAGUUAGUGAAAGAUCUGUGGCCUGGGCCUUAGUGGCAUCGUA